AUGAGCGAGACUUCAUCACCUUUAUCCGACUACCAGCACGACGUCGUCUUAGAUGGCAAUGAGACGGUGAGCAAUGAAUUGGAAUCAUUAGGCGUUGAUUUGGUUGAUCAGCAUGUGCUUGAAAAGUCAUUGAUGGAAAAGGCGGAUAAAGCACUAGCUGAGCGAGACGAUGAAUUAGACAGAAAGCGACUAGACAAAGCUUACAAAGAAAUAGAAGCUACACAAAAGCAACUGGAGACAUUGAGGCUGAAGAUGAAGGAGUCUUUGGACAAGGACAAGUUUAUACCAAAGAUCAACCAGCAAGCUAAGCGACUACGAGAUGCGAGCAAGGACAAGGACGACAUUCUGGGCAGAAUGCAGGAUCGAGAAAAGGAGCGCUACAAGGCUGUGGUGCCCGUGGACAGGAAUGCCAGACAGGAUGAUGAGACACAAAGAGACUUUCUUGUGAGAACCGGCAAAAUAACGCCAUUUGACCACUUGCCACAGUAUCAUGCCAAACAACGAGAGAAGGAUGUGGUUUUUCCUGGAUCAGUGGGUCAGAUGUCACAUCAAGAUCUUCAUGCACCGAGCCAUAAAGCAGAGCAGCCUUCGACUUCAUCGUCUUAUUUAAAGCGCAAACUGAGUCAGAACGGCGAUGAUGAUGAUGAAUACACAGAUACCGCUAUGGUGGACGAGGACGACGAGGACGAAUAUAGACAAGAUGGCGUUCUAGACGAGGAUGACAACCUGGAUGACGAGGAGCAAACUAGCAGCAAGCGUGCAUCGAGAAAAUUGGAUGAAAUUUACAAUGACGACGGAUCAGAGAUGAAUUAUAGAAAGCGACUGCAAGAUUGGAUUCAUAAUCGAAAGAUCAUGCGCUAUCAAAAGACACAUGAGGAUGCUAUCAAUUUUUCCAUGGAAGAAAUUGAGUCUAGGCUGGCGCAAGACGAGAGUAACAGUGAUAACGAUGCACAGGAACAAUUUGAGCCACAUCCCAAUUUUGACGACAUUGAAUUUGAUGGUGGCAUGAAGGUGCCUGGUGAGCUGUGGGAUUGCCUGUUUGACUAUCAAAAGACAUGCGUGCAAUGGUUAUGGGAAUUGCAUCGACAAAAAGUAGGCGGCAUUUUGGGCGAUGAGAUGGGUUUAGGCAAGACCAUUCAAGUGAUUUCCUUUUUAUCUGGCCUCUACUAUUCGCAAAUCCUUGGUCCUGGUCAGCCCUCUAUCAUUGUCUGCCCUGCGACUGUGAUGAAGCAAUGGGUGCAAGAAUUUCACAAGUGGUGGCCUCCCUUGAGAGUCGCCAUCCUGCACUCAAGCGGCACAGGCAUCAAGAAUUCCGUACACGGAAAGGGUAAGAGCAGAGCAUUAUUGGAUCAAGAAGAGGAAGACAGCGAAGAGGAAGAAGAAGAGUACACGUUUCAAAACAACAAUGAGAAUGGCGAUGAUGAUGAAGAAGAAGAGUACGAGCCAGAUCGCAGAGGAAAGGGCGCGUCCAGAAAGAAGGCGAAAAAUGCAAGAUCGUCCGCCAAAAGCAUUCUCACUACAAAGGCAGGUAGAAAUGCAGCCGCCUUGGUGGAACAAUACGUAAAGUACGGCGGUAUCUUGAUUACAACGUACAGUGGUGUUCAGAGCUACAGAGAGAUCUUGUUGAAGCAUCGUUGGGGAUAUGUAGUAUUAGAUGAAGGACAUAAGAUUAGAAACCCUGACUCUGGCACAACGCUGGCAAUCAAGCAAUUCAAGACACCUCAUAGAAUCAUCUUGUCAGGUACACCGAUACAAAACAACCUGAAAGAGUUGUGGUCUUUGUUUGAUUUCAUAUUUCCAGGCAGAUUAGGUACGCUGCCCAUCUUUCAAACGCAAUUUUCCAUCCCUAUUGGUAUUGGUGGAUAUGCGAAUGCGACCAAUGUUCAGGUACAAACAGCCUACAAGUGUGCUUGCAUGUUGCGAGAUUUGAUCAACCCAUACCUGCUUCGACGCAUGAAAGUCGAUGUCGCCUCUGACCUACCCAAAAAAAACGAACAAGUGCUAUUCUGCAAGCUGACCAAACCUCAACGCAGUGCUUAUCUCAAGUUUAUCUCGUCCAAGGACAUGGACGCAAUUCUGGAGCGUCGACGUCAAGUGCUGUUCGGCAUUGAUAUCGUCAGAAAGAUUUGCAAUCAUCCAGACAUCAUGGACUUGACACUGCCGCACACGGAUCCUGACUAUGGCAAUCCUGAACGCAGUGGCAAAAUGAUCGUUGUGAGAGCCUUGUUGAAAAUGUGGAAACAGCAGCAGCACCGUGUAUUGCUCUUUUGUCAGACGAGACAGAUGCUCGAUAUCCUAGAGAUUAUGAUGAAUCGCUCCCACUACAGAUACCUGAGAAUGGACGGUACGACGCCUGUUGGUCAGCGUAUUGCCAUGGUGAAUGAAUUCAACACAGUGCCUGAUAUUUUUGUCUUCUUAUUGACUACCAAGGUGGGCGGCCUCGGUUUGAAUCUGACAGGUGCGGAUAGAGUCAUUCUUUUCGAUCCUGACUGGAAUCCUUCCACUGAUAUGCAGGCAAGGGAGAGGGCUUGGCGUUUGGGUCAAAAGAAGGAGGUGACAGUGUAUCGUUUAAUGACGAGUGGCACAAUCGAGGAAAAGAUAUAUCAUCGUCAGAUCUACAAGCAGUUUUUGACAAACAAGAUUCUCAAGGAUCCAAAGCAGAGGAGGUUCUUUGAUGCCAGUAACUUGCAGUCCUUAUUCACGUUGGGGGCAGAAGAUGCUGUGGGUACAGAAACAGGAGAUUUGUUCAAAGGCACAGAGAUCAAUUACAACGACACUCGCAGAAAGAAAAAGAAGAGAAAGAAUGGCGAUGAUGAAAGGGUUCUGGUAGCCAUUGAAGGUGUCGAUAGCUUGGAACGAUACGCAGGAGAGCGGUUAGAGGAGGAAGAAAGACGCAAAGAACGAGAACAAAUGGAAGCAAAUGAUAGCAUUGAUGGCGAGGAUCAUGUUCUCAAGAGCUUGUUUGAAAUGACAGGCAUCCAAAGUGCAUUGCAACACGACCAAAUCAUGGAUUCUGCCUCUCAUGAUGCUGUCUUUGUUGAGCGUGAAGCUACUCUCGUUGCUGAGCGUGCAGCAGCGGCGCUAAAGGAAUCCAGGCGUCAACGCCGACAAAUGGACAUUGGAACACCCACAUGGACAGGUCGUUCUGGAGCAGCUGGAGCACCUCGAUUUGCACUUUCAAAUCGAGCAGCUACCCCUCCUCCAAAGUUCGGACAGAGCCCCGCAUUCUCAACGCAUAGUGCCCCUGUAUCACCAUCCCCUAAAAACGCAUUUGGCUCUGGAAAUGUAUCUGGCUUUAAAGCAAUGAAUGAUGCCAGACCAUCCUCGAGUUCAUUGCUGGCGCGCAUGAAGGAACGAAGAGCAAUGGAAUCAGGCAAAAGUGCUAGUCCACAGCCACAAGAAGUGUCGCUCUCCAUUUUGGAUAAUGCAGCUCGAGGAGGCAUGAUUGUCAAGAUCAGAGAUUACCUGUCUAAACACAAUGGUCGUGGCACUUCGCAAGACAUUAUAGAUGCAUUGGACAUUAGUAUCAAUCAAGAGCAGAUCAUUAUUUUUAGAAAAAUGCUACAAGCCAUUGCAACAUUUAAGAAGGAUCAGACAGGAAAGGGCUUCUGGAUGCUGAAAGAAGAUUAUUUAUAG